GAAGAUCUUGACUUCUGGAUUACACUAAAGUUUACAGCCCCUGGACGGGUCUGUACAAAAAUCAUGUCUGUCGAGUCGUCUGUCGAUAUUAAAGUCGUUGAGGAAAACUGGCAAACAACAAGACCAACUAUCAGAGAAAGAAGCAAAUUUAUUUUGAACAGCGAUCUCUUUAGUGAUGUGAAGUUUGUCAUCGGUAGGACGGAUGGCGAAAGUGAAAGUAAACGAAGAAAGCUAGUGAUUCCAGCUCACAAGUUGGUGUUGGCGAUUGGCAGUCCUGUGUUUGAAGCCAUGUUUUAUGGUGAGCUAGCGGAGACUACAGACUCUAUUGAACUGCCUGACUGUGAGUACGACACUAUAUUGGAGUUGUUUCGUUACAUGUACAGUGAUGAAGUGAACUUGGGCGGAAGUAAUGUGAUGGGAGUGUUGUAUUUGGCGAAGAAAUACAUGGUGCCUUCACUGGCUGAUAAAUGCAUGGAAUAUCUGGAAGAUAACGUAGAUCCAUCUGAUGUUUUCGGCGUCCUUCCCUUUGCUCAGAAAUAUGAAGGGAAAAAACUGAUGGUUCGAUGCUGGGAAGUGAUUGACAAACAGACAGAAGAAGCUGUGAAAUCGGAUGGGUUUGCGGCAAUUGAGAGGUCCUUACUUGAAGCAGUAGUCAUGAGAGAGACACUGAUGAUUGAAGAGAUAGAGCUGUUUAAAGCUGUUGACUUGUGGGCGACAAAGGAAAGUGAGAGGCAAGGAUUAGUUGUAGAUGGUGCAUCAAAAAGAAGAGUUCUUGGAGAAACGCUUGUGAAAGCACUGCGUUUUCCAACAGUGAAGCAUGAAGAUUUUGCUAGCGUCGUGUUGGACAGCAAAAUUCUAACCCCAGACGAAAUCGUUACCAUUAUCAAAUGUCUGAGCUCAGUCCCAACAUCUCCAGUGGAGUUUCCAGAAAUCAGAAGACCAGGCUUUAAAGUAAGCACUCAUAGAUGUUGCACAUUCGACUGUUUCUUUAUGUCUCCUUUCGCUGAUGACAACUGUACUCAGUGGACAUGUAUCCUUAAUUUAUCUAUGGACAAAAAUAUAACAUUACAUGGGGUGGGCUUCUUUGGAGCUCUUAAUUCCAGUUACUCCAUAGAUCUAGCCAUAAUGGACACCAAGAAGAAACAAGUUAUGGGGUCUAAAAGUGGAGAGUUUUCUUCAAACAGUUUAGGAUGUAAAGUAGGUCCUUAUCAUGGCUUUGAAGUUAUGUUUGACAGGGGCAUUGCUUUAGUGAAAAACACCAAGUACUGCUUACAGGCUGAAGUAACUGGUUCUUUGACUUGGCCUGGAGGAAGACAUCUCAAAACUGUUCUUUGCUCAGGUGUAACAUUUGUUUUUAACCACGAAGCACAUUGGAGGGGUAAAAAUGGAUCAGAAAAUUGCUCUUUAGAGGGACGGAUUUCUGAAUUAUUUUUCUCCCUCUAACUGAUCCUUCACAGUAGUACUAAAAUUGGAUAAAAAGGCAUCUUUUCAUUUUUGUGAUUACUUUGCCAGGUUAGUAGCAUAGCAGCAUAAGGUUAGUUUAUGUGAUUUGAUAAUACAAAAUAGUCUCACAAAGUGGCCAUUAUGGGGAGGUAGAGAUGUAAUACAAGACCUCCUUUUUGGGGGAUUGCAACAUUUUAUAUUUUUAAAAUGCUUAUUGUAGCAUAUAAAUACCCAAUGCAAUCAAAAUAUACCAUCUAGUAGUAAUCAGAGAUUAGUGAAGUGCAUUUGAUACCUGGAGGGAGGAAGGGGGUACUCUAGGAGUUUGUGAGGGGGUGUGUUGCUGGGAACAUGAAAUUUUGGGUUAUAGUAAAGGAUAUUGAGUCAGUAUUGCACAUCUGAUUGUUGGUUAAGCAUCAGAAAUACCUUCCCUAUCCCAUACUAUAAAUUUGGUUAUUUAAAUAAAGUUAAUAAAAAUCA